AUGAACAAGGCUCACUUCAAAUGGCGUUUAGGUAGGAUCAAUAGCCAUCAGCUUUUCGAUGUGGCACUCGAAAACGAGCUCAAUAAACUUCCCGAAGCCAAAGCGAUGGUGUACAACUACCGUAAAUCAUCAUUGACUGUGGGCGUAACGUCAGUUGCAUUGGAUCCCUCAGGUCAGUUUCUGCUAGCCAGCGGUGAAGAUGGAAGUGUGGGCAUGUGGGCACUGGACGAAAGCUACAGUGAAAACACGCUGGUCGACAAACGAAUUCAGUUUGCACGCGGAGAAUCAAAGGAAGCAACUGGUAAUGACACUCACGUUACGAAUCAUAGGACACAUGUGGUGGCAAGAAGGCCAGUGGAUAUUUCUGGACCUCAGGGGGGCUCCCAAAGGUUUCGUGCGUCAAUUGCAUCCAGUGCAACCACCGCAUCACCCUUCCCACACGAAACAGUCCAUGCAUUUUCAAUCUCGACUGUGCAGUGGUAUGAAUCGGACAAUGGGCUAUUUUUCACAGGCAGCAACGACCGGAAAGUAAAAAUAUGGGACACCAAUACGUUUCAGGUGGCAUCGUCGCUCGACGUGGCACACCGGGUUUCGCAGUUGGACACCAAGGGUGACCUUAUAGCCGUGGCGACCGAAGACUCGCACCCUCGUCUGAUCGACCUCCGAUCGAUGAGUGCUACGAUAAGUCUCGGGGUCAAGCGCUCAGAUAUGAAGUGCGGCAUCAAUACAGCCAAGUUUUCUCGCGACAAAACCACUGCUGCUCAAUUGAUAGCCACUGGUGAUAACGAUGGCAACGUCGGGAUCUGGGAUUUGCGUAAAGGUAAUGCUGCGCUUUGCGAUCUCACAGAACCAGACUCCAUGUCCAAAGCUCACGCACGUUGUUGCAACGACAUUUGCUGGAACCCGUCCGGCGACCAUGAGCUUGUGACGACGGGGAAUGACGGCAAAAACAAGCUGUGGUCUUUUGACGGAGACAACCGGAGCCGUGUGGUGCGGCAGCUGGGUGCGACAGACUUGAUGGCUAAUCGUUUCCGCCAUCGUACUGCGCAGUACCUGAUGUGGGAGGGGCCUUUUGUCUUUUGCAACUCCGACUACGGGGAGGUGGUUGUUUACGAAGCCCGCACGGGACGGCAAUUGCAUGCUUUUCAGUAUCCGUUGGGCGCAGGACACAGAAGGGCGACUCCUAGAUUCUCUUGCAUGGCUUUGCAAAGCCGAAUGACCAACUCCAUCGGCGUGCGGCUGAUACUGGGGACUGAUCACACGCAUGGCAAGAUCCUGGAAUAUCGCACUUGA